AUGCCCGCCGCCUCCUCACGAGCACCUGCGGGCGUCUGGGCCGCUCCUGAUGUCGCAGUGCUGCCGGGCCCAUGUGCGAGCCCGACGGUACCACCACCAGCACCUUUACAACAGACGAUCUCGCCCGGGUCGCCGUCCACACCAGGAGAACGCCCUUUUGGCCCCAGCGUUUGCCCGCUGCCUGCGGUCACACCAGACGAGCCAAUGGGCACUAAGAGCGCCCGGAAAGGUCGUGAUGAGAACGGGAGUGACUGCGACGCUCCACGCAAGCAUGCGCAACCAGCACCGAACUCCUCGCUGUCGGAGACGCCCAGUGACUGCGACGCACUGCCCCGUCCCGUGCAGAUUUUGGCAGCUAGUGACGGAACGUCGCAACCAAGCACAGCUGCUUCGACGCCUCAACUAGCUCAACAGGCAGCCGCGGCUUUUUAA